GCGCUGAGACAAUAGGGCUUCCAAAUUAAUUACCCCUUGAAACUCGCUCUGCUUAGCCCAUCUGUUCCCUCCUCUCUCUCUCUCUCUCUCUCUCUCUCUCGUUCAACCCCUUUAUUUGCUAUCCCUUUGCACUCACAACCCUGAUCGGUCCCGGCCAGUUAGGGCACCAACAUGCCCCUCUUUAUCUCCGACGAUGAGCUCGCACGUCACUCCAACGACGUUUCGUACGUUGCGGCUAAGGCUGAUGAUUUCAUCAGAGGUUUACAAGCAGAGCUGGAGACCGUGAAGGCUGCGGCGGAUGCAGCCGCAAUCACGGCGGAGCAGACUUGCUCGCUACUCGAGCAGAAAUUCCUGUCUUUGUCGAGUGAAUUCUCGAAGCUCGAAUCUCAAAACGCACAACUUCAGUCGUCGCUGGAUGAUCGUCUAUCAGAGCUCGCUGAAGUCCAGGCUCAGAAGCAUCAGCUACAUUUGCAAUCUAUUGGAAAGGAUGGUGAGAUAGAGAGGAUGACAAUGGAGGUCUCAGAGCUGCAUAAGUCGAAGAGGCAGUUGAUUGAGUUGAUGGAGCUGAAGGAUUCCGAAAUUAGCGAGAAGAAUGCCACCAUCAGUAGCUACCUUGAUAGAAUAGUCAACUUGACUGACAAUAUGGCAGAGAAGGAGGCUCGAGUAAGUGAAGUUGAGGCAGAGUUGGCACGUUCUGUGGCCAACUGUGCUCGUCUUUCACAGGAGAAAGAACUUAUUGAGAGGCAUAAUACUUGGUUAAAUGAGGAGUUGACUGCCAAAGUUGACAGUCUCAUCAAGCUGCGCAGAACACAUGCUGAUCUUAAUGAAGAAAUGUCUGCUAAGCUUGCAGAUUCAGAGAGACAACUCAAUGAAUGCUCUAGCUCUUUAAAGUGGCAUAAAGAAAGGGUGAAAGAGUUGGAAUUGAAGUUAACAUCCCUGCAAGAGGAAUUAUGCUCAUGCAAAGAUGCUGCUGCUGCCAAUGAGGAGCGAUUUUCUGCUGAAAUCUCAACAAUAAAUAAGCUUGUUGAGUUAUAUAAAGAAAGCUCUGAGGAAUGGUCCCAGAAGGCAGGAGAACUUGAGGGUGUGAUCAAAGCUCUGGAAACUCAUUUAAGUCAAGUUGAAAAUGAUUACAAAGAGAGACUUGAAAAGGCAGUGUCUGAAAGAAAUCAGUUAGAGAAGGAGGCAACAGAUUUGAAGAAUAAACUUGAAAAGUGUGAGGCUGAGGUUGAAAGUAGCAGGAAAGCUAAUGAGCUGAAUAUUCUUCCACUUAGUAGUUUGACCACUGAAAGAUGGAAGGAUCCAUAUAAUUGUAGUGACACUGUUGAUGAUAACAACACCCUUGUGCCUAGGAUUCCAGUUGGUGUUUCAGGAACUGCAUUAGCAGCUUCUCUGCUUCGUGAUGGUUGGAGUCUGGCUAAGAUGUACGCAAAAUACCAAGAAGCAGUUGAUGCUCUUCGUCAUGAGCAAUUGGGGAGGAAGGAGUCUGAAGCAAUCCUACAGCGGGUCCUAUGUGAGCUAGAGGAGAAGGCUGGAAUAAUUUUGGAUGAAAGAGCUGAAUAUGAUAGAAUGGCAGAAUCAUACUCAGUCAUCAACCAAAAGUUGCAGCAUUCAAUUUCUGAGCAGGCCAAUCUAGAGAAAACAAUCCAAGAACUAAAGGUGGAUUUGAGGAGGCAUGAACGUGAGAACUACUUGGCCCAGAAGGAGAUUGUGGAUCUUCAGAAACAGGUGACAGUCCUUCUUAAGGAGUGUCGUGAUAUACAACUUUGUUGUGGAUCUAGUGGGCAUGAUGAGGCUGACGACAGUAACACAAUUGUUGCUGUUGGGAUGGAUGUGGAGUCUGAUGCUGAAAAAGUAAUUUCUGAACGGCUUUUGACCUUCAAUGAUAUAAAUGGAUUAGUUGAGCAGAAUGUUCAGCUUAGAAGCCUCGUGCGCGACCUUUCUGACCAGAUUGAAAAUAAGGAGAUGGAGUUCAAGGAAAAGUUUGAAAUGGAGCUCAAAAAACACACUGAUGAAGCUGCCUGCAAAGUGGCUGUGGUGUUGCAAAGGGCUGAAGAGCAAGUGCAAAUGAUUGAAUCUCUUCAUACUUCUGUUGCUAUGUACAAAAGGCUAUAUGAAGAAGAACAUAAACUUCAUUCAUCUUAUUCCCGCUCUUCAGAUGCUCCUCCAGUGGCAGAUGAUGGAAGGAAAGACCUCUUACUUCUGCUUGAAGGCUCUCAGGAAUCUGCCAAAGUGGCCCAAGAAAAGGCUACUGAACGAUUGAGAUCUCUUGAAGGGGAAUUGACAAAAUCAAGGAGUGAAAUCAUAUCACUGCGAUCAGAACGUGACAAAAUGGAUCUCGAUGCAAAAUUCGCAAAAGAAAGACUUGACAGUUAUUUGAAAAAACAUGAGCAGCAGGAAAAUGAAAUGAUUAGCAUCAAAGCAAGGAAUGCUGAGUUGACACAGUUGAUAGUUGACUUCCAAAGAAAAUUAUUUGAACGUUCAGAAGCAUUGCAAGCCUCUGAGGAGCUUUCUCGGAAGUUAAAUAUGGAGGUAUCAGUUCUUAAGCAUGAAAAAGAGAUGUUGUCAAAUGCUGAGAAAAGGGCUUGUGGUGAAGUUGGGAGUUUGUCAGAGAGAGUCUAUCGCCUACAGGCUAGUUUGGAUACUAUUCAUAGCGCACAGGAGGUUCGCGAGGAGGCAAGAGCUGCCGAGAGGAGAAAACAAGAGGAGUAUAUUAAACAAGUUGAGAGGGAAUGGGCUGAGGCCAAGAAAGAGUUGGAACUAGAGCGGAACCAUGUCAGAGCUCUCACAUCUGAUCGUGAGGAAACUUUGAAAAAUGCUAUGAGGCAAGUUGAGGAAAUGGGAAAGGAAUUGGCAAAUGCCUUGCAUGCUGUUUCGGCUGCUGAGACUAGGGCUGCUGUUGCUGAGGCCAAACUUUCUGAAGUGGAGAAAAAGAUCAAAACUUCAAAUGUUAAGGUUGCUAACGUGGAUGAUGGCAGCAUACCUUCUUCUAUUUCAACUACUGAGGUUGUUACGGAUUUGUUAAUGGCUAAGGAGGAGAUUGAAAAGUUGAAAGAGGAAGCACAGGCCAAUAAGGAGCACAUGCUACAGUAUAAGAGUAUAGCACAGGUAAAUGAAGCUGCACUAAAACAGAUGGAAGGUGCUCAUGAAAACUUUAAGCAUGAGUCAGAAAAGUUGAAGGAUUCAUUAGAAGCUGAACUUCGUUCACUUAGAGAGAGAAUAUCGGAGCUUGACAAUGAAUUGAAGUUAAAAUCUGAAGAGGUAGCCUCUGCAGCUUCUGGAAAAGAAGAUGCUCUUACUUCUGCAUUGACUGAAAUUGCUUGUCUGAAGGAAGAAAACUCAAGUAAAAUCUCUCAAAUUAUGGCUCUGGAAACUCAAGUUUCUGCUUUAAAAGAAGAUUUGGAGAAGGAACAUCAGCGAUGGCGAUCUGCUCAAGCCAAUUAUGAAAGACAGGUGGUCCUGCAAUCUGAGACAAUUCAUGAGUUGACAAAAGCAUCACAAGCUUUGGCCUCAGUACAACAGGAAGCUUCUGAUCUGCGUAAAUUGACAGAUGCUCAGAAAAGUGAAAAUAAUGAGCUGAAGGCUAGGAGGGAGGUAGAGAAAUCAUUGCUGGAGGAAUUAAAAAAAGAAGCUGAGGAAAAAUCUAAUGAACUCAAUGAACAGAACAAAAUAUUGCAUAAUCGACUUGAGGCCUUGCACAUUCAGUUGGCUGAGAAGGAUCGCAAUUAUGUGGGUAUUUCUUCUGGAAGCAUUGUUCUAGAUUCCCAUGGUGAUAGUGGGAUGCAAAGUGUGAUUAACUAUCUUAGGAGAUCAAAGGAAAUAGCAGAAACUGAGAUUUCUUUGUUAAAACAGGAAAAGCUUCGAUUGCAAUCACAACUUGAGAAUGCUUUAAAAGCAGCAGAAAAUGCCCAGGCUUCACUACAUGCUGAGCGUGCAAAUUCAAGGGCAUUAUUAUUAUCAGAAGAAGAGAUUAAAUCCCUUCAACUUAAGGUUAGAGAAAUGAAUUUGUUGCGUGAAAGCAACGUGCAGCUGAGAGAGGAAAACAAGCAUAAUUUUGAAGAAUGCCUGAAAUUGCGUGAAGUAGCUCAGAAGGCUAAGGCUCAUUCUGACAAUCUAGAAUCUCUGCUGAGGGAAAGACAAAUUGAGGUAGAAGCUUGCAAGAAGGAAAUUGAAUUGGAAAGAAUGCAGAAAGGUCACCUAGAAAAGAGAGUUUCUGAGGUACUUGAGAGGUGUAGAAAUGUUGAUGUGGAAGAUUAUGAUCGAAUGAAGGAUGGCUUACAGCAAAUGCAGGAAAAAGUGAAAGAGAAAGAAUCUGAGAUUGAGGAAAUCAAUAACCUUUUAUCCAAACAGCAGGAGACUAUAUCGAAAUUGGAGCAAGACCUUGCAAAGAGUGAAUUAGAACUGAGUCAGAGGGAGCAAAAGAUAAAUGAUGUUUUGCUAAACGAGGCUAGUCUGAAAUCAGAGUUGGAGAAGCAGAGGAAGUUGGCAGUUCAGUGGAAGAAAAAGUUUGAAAAUUCAUUGAAGGAAAAGGAAGACUUCAGCAAGGAAAAACAAGCACUUUCCAAACAGAUCGAGGAGCUGAAACAAGGUAAAAGAUCCAUGGGAAUUGUCAGUGGUGAGCAGGUCAUGAAGGAAAAGGAGGAGAAGGAACACAGAAUACAGAUUCUGGAGAAAACUGUGGAGAGGCAGAGAGAGGAAUUGAGAAAGGAGAAGGAGGAUAAUCGGAUGGAAAAAGCAAAGCGUCUGACCAGAGAGAAGGCCAUUAUGGAUAAAGUUAAAAAUGUUGAACAGGAAAAGACAGAGUUCACAAAUAAACUGGAGAGACAUAAGGAGGCUUUGAGGCGACUUUCUGAAGAACUAGAAAAGCUUAAGCAUGCUGAAACCAAUCUUCCAGAGGGUACCUCAGUGGUUCAGAUUCUUUCUGGGACAAUCCUAGAUGAUCUUUGUGCUGCUUAUGUAUUGGCUGUUGAAAAUUUUCAGAGGACUGCAACUUCUGUUUCUAUUGAGCUUGGAGCUAGUGCUGCUUCUUUAGACGCUUCUAUGCCUGACGCACCAGUUGCAGUUUUUGCAGGUCAGUCUGUUUCUUCUCACUCUGCCAUAAGUUCUUCAGUGGGCCCAAUAACAAGUUCCAUAGCCGCUAAGGCAGCAGACGACAAGGAGCGGCGAAUUCCAGUAUCCAAAACCAAUAUUGAAACUCGAAAAACAGGUAGGAAAUUGGUAAGGCCCCGGCUUGUUAAACCUGAUGAGCCUCAGGGUGAUGUAGAGAUGUCAGAUGUGGAUGGAUCCAACACACAGGGGAAGGUUGCUUCGUCUCAUGAAUCUGAAACUCAGCGCAAUCUUACCUCAUUGUCACAACCAUCAGCUCGCAAACGCCUAGCUUCAUCUGCUUCUGAGUUGAGUGAACAGCCCCUUGAUCAAGGGGAGACCAAUUCUGAUGCAGGAGCACCUGUGGUAAAGAAACCCAAAGGUUCUGAUUCUUCACAUGAGGGUACUGAAGGUCAAUCUGUUGCUCCUUCAGAAACUAUGGUGAUCCCAUCAGCAGUUGAGGAAGCAUCAAAUGCUGUUGGUGAUGUAACUCAAGGUUCAAAUGAGGAAGUUAUUGCUGAGAAGGACGAGGCUGAGACUGGUGGAGAGAAAAGUGAGCUGCCAAAAGACUCGGAGCAAAUAGAUGAUCCCAUUGAACCACAGAAUGAGAAGAUUAAUGUUGGAGAAGAGAGUGUCGACAAAACUAAUGGAAUUGGAGGAGAGUUUGAUGGCAAUUCAAAGGAUCAGGCUGUGGAAGAUAACCAGCAAUCUAUUGUGGAGUUUGAGAGUGAAAAGGAAGAGGGAGAACUAGUGCCUGAUGAUGCAGAAGGUGAGGAAGGCGCUGAUACGUCUAACAUAAUGGGGAGUCCAGAAAUUGGGGAGGUACCUGAGGUUGGCACUACUCCUGUUGCUUCACCAGCAAGGAUUGAGGAUGAAGCUGUAGUUGCUGGAGGAGUUGAGUUGGGUGAGAUGAAUUCUCCUGAGGCUUUUAAUGAGGAGAAGAAUGAUGAAGGUGAUGUGGUUGAGGAGACUAUUGAAGGUUCUGACAAGUCAAAUGAUGGUAAUGAUCAGAUUGCAGGGGAGAGUGAUCAGAUUCCUGAAACUGCUUCAGUAACUGUUGAGAGUACAACAGCCACUGUGAAUGCAGAAGCUGCUGAUGUCUCAAAACAAGUAACAGAGACUGAAGAGGUUAAACAAGUAUCGCCUGCAAGUAAUUCCUCAACUGUUGUGAAUUUAGCGGAGAGAGCGAAGGAAAGGGCUAUGCUUAGACAAUCUGGAACUGCAGUGCUUUCUCCUCCAGGCAGUAGAGGCCGUGGACGAGCAGUACGUGGUCGAGCUGUACGUGGUGCACGUGGUGGACGAACUGGACGUGGGCAUACUCCCGGUCAACAGGGAUGAGUGUUGUUAAUACAAACCGUGUUGAUGACCCUUGUUUUAGAAAACAUUUUUGCUCUGGAGAAGUUUGUACUUCAUAUGCAUUAUUAAAUUUGUCUAUGGAUAGAAAUGAAAAAUUUACAGGAAGCAGUGUCAUUUUGUUAUCAAUAACCUCUUCCUUCCUAUCUUUCAAUGUUUUUCUAGCUAAUAGAUAAAAAUAAGUAGCUGCCAGUGGAAAUAAUACCAACCCCAUGCUACUGAUCUCAGAUUGUGAUUGUAAUUUUCCUUUUCGCUAUAUAUUAUUCAAUUUCGAUUCAGCAUUAA